AUGUCCAAAGCUGUAGGACAGUUUGCACCAGCACCGGUCAAUGCUAGCAGGAGUCCUUGUCCUGUAGUCAAUGCACUCGCCAACCAUGGCUACAUCGAACGCAGCGGGACCAACAUCUACAUGAACGACCUCAACGCAGCCAUGAGAAAAGUCGGCAUGAGCUCCCUGCUGGGCUCCGUCUUUGCGCGUCUCAUCAAAAACCCAUACACCUUCUUCGACUACUUCGGCUGCUGGAAACGCAGCCAGAUGAGCAGUGGCAAGAAAUACCUCAAUCUGGUAGAUCUGGCAACUCACGGAGCGAUCGAGCACGAUAUCUCGCUCACACGCCGCGACAUUGCACAGCCAGCUGGCAAUAAUGCACCGCAGCAAGAUCUGAUUGAAGACAUGCUAGAUGCUUCAUCAGAUGGCGGCGAGAAUCUUUCGGUCGAUGACCUGGGCAAGUUCAUCAAGAGCCGCAUACAUCAGCAGCUCAAAGACAAUCCCGAUCUACUCUAUGGUCCCGACCAGCAUCCGGUGAAUUGCGGGCAGGUCGCAUUGAUGAUGCAUUGUUUUGGGAAUGGUAAGACGAUUCCUUGCAAGUACGUGCGGGCACUUUUCGAAGAUGAAAGGCUGCCUGAGAAGGAAGGCUGGAAGAAGCGAGUCUGGUGGCCGAUGGGCUUGAUCGAGUUCUUUGGAGCUGUACGGACAUUGAAGACAGCGGUCGGUGUGCAGUUCGAUUAG